GGCAAGAGAGUUCUGGAACAUUCGCGUGAUUUCAUGUGCUGCAAAAACCUCGCCGGCUCGUGCGCAUUUACACCUUAGUUUUUGACUCUGAAUCAGCGUUAAACCACAUUUCUCUAGUAAUCUGUGCACCGUGCGAUACAAAGCAAUGGAUCAAGUUGCGGCAUUGAAAGAUUUGGGCAAUAAGGCAUUGGCGGAAAACAAAUUCGAUGAGGCCAUUAAAUUCUACUCGGAUGCCAUCGAUCUUGACGGCAACAAUCACGUUCUCUAUUCGAAUCGCUCAGCCGCCUAUGCAAAAUUGCAACAAUAUGAUAUGGCAUUGCAAGAUGCUGAAAAGACUGUUAGUAUUAAACCUGACUGGGCAAAGGGUUAUUCACGCAAAGGUCUCGCCCUGGCAUAUUUGAAUAGGACAGAUGAGGCAAUUGAAACUUACACUGCUGGCUUACAACUUGAUCCAACUAAUGCCACUUUGAAGGAGGGCCUGGCUGAUUGCAGAGCAAGCAGUGCCAGGCAACAACAGUCUAGAUCUUUCCCCAAUCCCUUCACAGGGCCGGAAGUUAUGAACAAAUUGCGGAAUGAUCCCCGCACAAAGGAACUGCUCAACGAUCCAAGUUAUUUAACUCUUUUGGCUGAGCUUCAGCAAAAUCCACAAGCAAUGGCCACCAAACUGCAGGAUCCCAGAGUGAUGACCACACUUAGUGUUCUAUUAAAUUUAGAGGGUGAACCAAUGGAGACUGAUUCUGAUUACACUCCACCACCCAAGAAACAAGAGCCACCAAAAGAAGUGCCCAAAAAGGAGCCUGAGCCUGAUUUACCAGAAAAUAAGAGGGAAGCAAAAGCUGCUAAAGAAAAGGGCAAUGAGUUUUACAAGAAGAAAGACUUUGAGAAGGCAAUUGAAUUUUAUACAAAGGCCAUUGAGCACGACCCAACCGACAUCACUUUCUUUAAUAACUUAGCGGCUGUAUACUUCGAGAUGAAACAAUUCGACAAGUGCAUUGAGCAAUGCGAAAAGGGCAUCGAUAUAGGACGUGAAAACCGCGCCGAUUUCAAGCUUAUCGCUAAAGCCAUGAUGAGAAUAGGCAAUGCUUACAAGAAACUUAAACAAUGGAAGCAAGCUAAGGUAUACUAUGAAAAAUCCAUGUCCGAACACAGAACGCCCGAGAUCAAGACUCUUCUUAGCGAUAUCGAGAAGGUUAUCCGAGAGGAAGACCGCAAGGCCUAUGUUGAUCCAUCCAAGGCCGAAGCCGAGAAGGAAAUCGGCAAUGAAUUUUUCAAGAAGGGCGAUUACGCCACCGCAGUCAAACACUACUCGGAAGCCAUCAGACGUAAUCCAGAAGAUCCCAAGUUGUACAGUAAUCGCGCGGCGUGCUACACUAAACUAGCUGCUUUCGAUCUAGGCCUUAAGGAUUGUGAUGAUUGCGUCCGUUUAGAUCCGAAAUUCAUCAAAGGAUGGAUUCGCAAGGGACACAUUCUGCAAGGCAUGCAGCAGCCGUCGAAGGCUAGCGCCGCAUUCCAGAAAGCUCUCGAGUUGGACCCCAACAACGCGGAAGCAUUGCAGGGCUAUCGAUCGUGUACCAUGCUUGAUAGCAGCGAUCCAGAAAAGGUGCGACAGCGCGCGAUGGCCGAUCCGGAAGUGCAGCAGAUUCUCCGCGAUCCCGCGAUGCGUAUCAUUCUCGAACAGAUGCAGAACGAUCCUAGGGCUUUGCAGGAUCAUCUAAAGAAUCCCGACAUUGCUGCUAAAAUACAUAAACUGCUUGAAUCUGGUUUGAUUGCUAUCCACUAAACAUCAAUGCUAUGCGUCGUGUCACGAGAUGGUGCCAGUAUUUAUGUACUUUGUAUAUUGUUGCUCCGGCUAACUGCGUCAUGAUUAGCGAGUUGAAAUGUUUCAGGAUAUAAUUUGGUAAUUUUAGGCAUUUCCUACAUACGUGUAUCGAUUAUACUUAGUUUAGCAUAUCAGUUUUUUUCUUAUUAUGUUGUAAUAAACAUACUUCAUUUUAUUAA